AUGAACACUGAUCAACAUCCUUAUCAGGAUCAAACAGACUAUCCUCAGGGGCAAAAUGAUGGUCAAGGUCAAGGUCAAGGUCAAGGUCAAGAACAGGACUACGACCAAUAUGGCGAGCCUUUGUAUCCUCAACAAACUGAUGGCUACUACGACCCAAACAUGCCUGCUGGUACUGAAGCUGAUGUGUACGGUCAACAACCACCAAACGACUCGUAUGAACAAGACUAUACAAACGGCGAAUACUAUGGCCAACCGCCAAACGUGGCUGCCCAAGACGGUGAAAACUUCUCGGAUUUUAGCAGUUACGGGCCCCCUGGUACGCCAGGCUAUGAUAGCUAUGGCGGCCAGUACACCCCUUCUCAAAUGAGUUAUGGAGAGCCAAAUUCAUCUGGCACCUCCACUCCUAUUUACGGUAAUUAUGACCCAAACGCUAUCGCUAUGGCUUUACCCAAUGAACCUUAUCCUGCUUGGACGGCCGAUUCUCAAUCUCCCGUGUCCAUCGAACAAAUUGAAGAUAUCUUCAUUGAUUUGACAAACAGACUCGGUUUUCAAAGAGACUCCAUGAGAAAUGUCUUUGAUCAUUUCAUGGUUCUUUUGGAUUCAAGAUCCUCGAGGAUGUCUCCUGACCAAGCUUUGCUGUCCUUACAUGCCGACUACAUCGGUGGCGAUACAGCCAAUUAUAAAAAAUGGUAUUUUGCUGCUCAAUUAGACAUGGAUGACGAGAUCGGCUUCAGAAAUAUGAGUCUUGGCAAGUUAUCAAGAAAGGCAAGAAAGGCUAAGAAGAAGAACAAGAAGGCCAUGCAGGAGGCUGACCCUGAAGAUGCUGAGGAGACCUUGAACCAGAUUGAAGGUGAUAACUCUUUGGAGGCCGCUGACUUUAGAUGGAAGGCUAAGAUGAACCAGCUAUCUCCCCUACAAAGAGUUCGUCAAAUUGCCUUGUAUCUAUUAUGUUGGGGUGAAGCUAAUCAAGUUAGGUUUACGGCAGAAUGUUUGUGUUUUAUCUACAAGUGUGCUGCCGACUACUUGGAUUCUCCUCUCUGCCAACAACGUCAAGAACCUAUGCCAGAAGGUGAUUUUUUAAAUAGAGUCAUUACACCAUUAUACCAAUUCAUCAGAAAUCAAGUUUAUGAAAUCGCUGAUGGUCGUUUUGUCAAGCGCGAAAGAGAUCACAACAAAGUCAUUGGUUAUGAUGAUUUAAACCAGUUGUUCUGGUACCCAGAAGGUAUCGCUAAGAUUGUAUUUGAAGAUGGAACUAAGUUGAUAGAGAUACCAUCGGAAGAACGUUACUUAAGAUUAGGCGAUGUUGUCUGGGAUGAUGUCUUUUUCAAAACUUAUAAGGAAACCCGUACUUGGUUACAUUUGGUCACCAAUUUCAACCGUAUUUGGGUUAUGCAUAUUUCCAUAUUUUGGAUGUACUUCGCAUAUAAUUCUCCAACAUUUUACACUCAUAACUAUCAACAACUUGUUGAUAAUAAGCCUUUAGCUGCCUACAAAUGGGCAACCGCUGCUCUGGGUGGCACCGUGGCAAGUCUUAUCCAGAUUCUCGCUACUCUGUGUGAAUGGUCUUUUGUUCCAAGAAAAUGGGCUGGAGCUCAACAUUUGUCUCGUAGGUUCUGGUUUUUAUGCAUUAUUUUUGGUGUCAAUUUGGGCCCAAUUAUCUUUGUUUUUGCUUACGACAAAGACACGGUAUAUUCCACUGCUGCCCACGUCGUGGCUGCCGUUAUGUUCUUCGUUGCCGUUGCUACUAUAAUAUUCUUCUCUAUAAUGCCAUUAGGUGGGUUGUUUACAUCCUACAUGAAAAAGUCUACCAGGCGUUAUGUUGCAUCUCAAACAUUCACUGCUGCCUUUGCUCCAUUACAUGGUUUAGACAGAUGGAUGUCUUAUUUGGUUUGGGUUACCGUUUUUGCCGCCAAAUAUUCAGAAUCAUAUUUCUUUUUGGUUUUAUCGUUGAGAGAUCCAAUUAGAAUUUUGUCCACUACUCCAAUGAGAUGCACAGGUGAGUACUGGUUCAAGGGUGAAGUGCUUUGUAAAAUACAACCUAAAAUUGUGUUGGGUUUAGUUAUCGCUACAGAUUUCAUCCUUUUCUUCUUGGAUACUUACCUAUGGUAUAUUAUUGUUAACACCAUUUUCUCUGUGGGUAAAUCCUUCUAUUUGGGUAUUUCCAUCUUGACUCCAUGGAGAAAUAUUUUUACAAGGCUACCAAAGAGAAUCUACUCUAAGAUUUUGGCCACUUCUGAUAUGGAAAUCAAAUACAAACCAAAGGUUUUGAUUUCUCAGGUCUGGAAUGCUGUCAUCAUCUCCAUGUAUAGGGAACAUCUGCUGGCCAUUGAUCAUGUACAAAAGUUAUUGUACCAUCAGGUUCCAUCUGAAAUCGAAGGAAAGAGAACUUUGAGAGCUCCAACUUUCUUUGUUUCCCAAGAUGAUAAUAACUUUGAGACUGAAUUUUUCCCCAGAGAGUCAGAAGCCGAACGUCGUAUUUCAUUUUUUGCCCAGUCUUUGUCUACACCAAUUCCUGAACCGUUACCAGUUGAUAACAUGCCAACAUUUACUGUCUUAACACCUCACUACGCUGAAAGAAUCUUAUUGUCAUUAAGAGAAAUUAUUCGCGAAGAUGACCAGUUCUCAAGAGUUACGCUACUAGAGUACUUGAAACAACUGCAUCCUGUUGAAUGGGAAUGCUUCGUCAAGGACACCAAGAUUUUGGCUGAAGAAACUGCUGCUUACGAAGGUAAUGAAAAUGACAUCGAGAAGGAAGACGCUUUGAAAUCUCAAAUUGAUGAUUUACCUUUUUACUGUAUCGGUUUCAAAUCCGCUGCGCCUGAAUAUACUUUGCGUACCAGAAUUUGGGCCUCAUUGAGAUCGCAGACCUUAUAUCGUACGGUCUCCGGUUUUAUGAAUUACUCUAGAGCUAUUAAAUUGUUAUAUCGUGUUGAAAAUCCUGAAAUUGUCCAAAUGUUUGGCGGUAAUGCUGAAGGGCUGGAAAGAGAAUUAGAAAAGAUGGCAAGAAGAAAGUUCAAAUUUUUGGUUUCUAUGCAAAGACUAGCCAAAUUCAAGCCACAUGAACUGGAAAACGCCGAGUUUUUGUUGAGAGCCUAUCCAGACUUACAAAUUGCUUACUUAGAUGAGGAACCCCCUGUGAAUGAGGGAGAAGAACCAAGAAUUUAUUCUGCUCUGAUCGAUGGUCACUGUGAAAUUUUAGAAAAUGGUCGGAGACGUCCCAAAUUUAGAGUUCAAUUGUCUGGUAAUCCAAUUCUUGGUGAUGGUAAAUCUGAUAACCAAAAUCAUGCUUUGAUUUUCUACAGGGGUGAAUAUAUUCAACUUAUUGAUGCUAAUCAAGAUAACUAUUUGGAAGAAUGUUUAAAAAUUAGAUCCGUUUUGGCUGAAUUUGAAGAAUUAAAUGUCGAACAAGUCAACCCGUACGCCCCAGGCUUGAAGUACGAACAACAAACUACUAACCACCCCGUUGCAAUUGUCGGUGCCAGAGAAUACAUUUUCUCCGAAAACUCUGGUGUAUUAGGUGAUGUGGCUGCUGGUAAAGAACAAACAUUCGGUACAUUAUUUGCUCGUACUCUAUCUCAAAUUGGUGGUAAACUACAUUAUGGUCAUCCAGAUUUCAUUAAUGCUACAUUCAUGACUACUAGAGGUGGUGUAUCUAAAGCACAAAAAGGUUUGCAUUUGAAUGAAGAUAUUUACGCUGGUAUGAAUGCCAUGCUUCGUGGUGGUCGUAUCAAACAUUGCGAAUACUAUCAAUGUGGUAAAGGUAGAGAUCUGGGUUUCGGUACAAUUUUGAAUUUUACCACAAAAAUUGGUGCUGGUAUGGGCGAACAAAUGUUGUCUCGUGAAUAUUACUAUUUGGGUACUCAAUUACCAAUUGAUCGUUUCUUGACGUUCUAUUAUGCGCAUCCAGGUUUUCAUUUGAAUAACUUGUUUAUUCAAUUGUCUUUGCAAAUGUUUAUGCUUACUUUGGUAAAUCUAUCUGCUUUGGCCCACGAAUCUAUCAUGUGUGUCUACGAUAGAAACAAACCACAUGGUGAUAUUUUGUCUCCAAUAGGUUGUUAUAACUUUAUACCUGCAGUUGAUUGGGUAAGGCGUUAUACAUUAUCCAUUUUCAUUGUUUUCUGGAUUGCCUUCGUUCCAAUUGUCGUUCAAGAAUUGAUCGAACGUGGUUUAUGGAAAGCCACUCAACGAUUCUUCUGUCACAUACUAUCAUUAUCCCCUAUGUUUGAAGUUUUUGCGGGCCAAAUCUAUUCUUCUGCGUUAUUGAGUGAUUUAGCAAUUGGUGGUGCACGUUAUAUAUCUACAGGUCGUGGUUUCGCAACAUCUCGUAUUCCAUUUUCCAUUUUAUAUUCUAGAUUCGCGGGAUCUGCUAUCUACAUGGGUGCAAGAUCAAUGUUAAUGUUGCUAUUUGGUACUGUUGCGCAUUGGCAAGCUCCAUUAUUAUGGUUCUGGGCAUCUUUAUCUUCAUUGAUUUUUGCGCCUUUCGUUUUCAAUCCACAUCAGUUUGCUUGGGAAGACUUCUUCUUAGACUACAGAGAUUAUAUCAGAUGGUUAUCAAGAGGUAACAGCAAGUAUCAUAGGAACUCGUGGAUUGGUUAUAUCAGAAUGUCUAGAGCACGUAUUACUGGGUUCAAGCGUAAAGUAGUUGGUGAUGAAUCUGAAAAAUCCGCGGGCGAUGCAAGCCGAGCUCAUAGGACCAAUUUGUUUAUGGCUGAGAUUAUACCUUGCGCGAUCUACGCAGCGGGUUGCUUUAUUGCUUUCACGUUUAUCAAUGCUCAAACUGGUGUUAAGACUACCGAUGAUGAUAGAGUAAACUCCGUUCUGCGUAUUAUCAUUUGUACCUUAGGACCCAUUGCUGUUAAUCUUGGGGUUCUAUUCUUCUGUAUGGGUAUGUCUUGCUGUUCUGGUCCUUUAUUUGGCAUGUGUUGUAAAAAAACGGGGUCCGUUAUGGCAGGAAUCGCCCACGGUGUUGCCGUCAUUGUCCAUAUUGCAUUUUUCAUUGUCAUGUGGGUGUUAGAAAGUUUCAACUUCACCAGAAUGUUGAUUGGUGUUGUUACUUGUAUUCAAUGUCAAAGGCUUGUCUUUCAUUGUAUGACAGCGUUAUUAUUAACCCGUGAAUUUAAGAAUGAUCAUGCAAACACGGCUUUCUGGACUGGUAAAUGGUAUGGGAAAGGUAUGGGCUAUAUGGCUUGGACUCAACCAAGCAGAGAAUUGACUGCUAAGGUUAUCGAGCUCUCCGAGUUUGCAGCAGAUUUUGUUUUGGGACAUGUGAUUUUAAUCUUUCAACUUCCCCUUAUUCUGAUCCCAAACAUAGAUAAAUACCACUCUGUCAUGCUAUUCUGGCUAAAACCUUCUCGCCAAAUUCGUCCCCCCAUCUAUUCCUUGAAACAAACACGUUUGCGUAAGCGUAUGGUAAAGAAAUAUUGUUGUUUGUACUUCUUAGUGUUGGCUAUUUUUAUUGGUUGCAUUGUUGGUCCCGCCGUGGCUUCUGCUGAAAUUAAAGACCCGAUUGGUGCGGGCUUGACAGGGGUGGUUCACAAUCUGUUCCAACCAAGACACAAAGAUAAUAAUGAUACUGGUUCCCAGUUGUCAACAUAUAAGAGUCACUACUAUACUCACACACCAUCGUUAAAGACCUGGUCAACAAUAAAAUAA